CGCGUGCGCACUAAGUCACGCAUGCGCGCUGCGACUCGCCACCCGGGUGCGGAAUUGGGCAGUGACAAACCCUUCUGUUGUCUUCACAUUUUCCUCAUUUUCUCGCUUUUACAGGGAAAUAAUGGAGGAGUUCAGUUCCGGAGAUGAGGUUGGAUUCAGUCCUGAUGAUGCAAGUAACGCAGUAAAAGAGUGCAUUGAAGGUGUAAUUGGAGGCGUGGAUUACAGCCAAAACAAAGUGAACCAGUGGACAGCGAGCAUUGUAGAGCACUCUCUCACUCAGCUGGUUAAACAGGCGAAAGCUUUUAAGUACAUUGUUAACUGCGCUAUAAUGCAGAAGAGUGGCGCAGGACUCCACACGGCCAACUCCUGUUACUGGGACACCACCACUGACGGAAGCUGCACAGUCAAAUGGGAGAAUCGCACCAUGUAUUGUGUUGUUAGCGUGUUUGCCGUGGCUUUGUGAAUCAAGGCCAUGCUGCAGCAUGCCAAGAGACCAACACAUCUCACACACACACACACACACACACACACACACACACACACACACACACACACACACACACACACACCCCACCAGGUGGCACUAUGAACUUAUUUCAGUCUAAUGAAGCAGAGUGUUAUUAAAGCCCCGUGUUGUUGGGCUUACGACCGGCCGGCUGAGUUCACCUGCCCGCAGUACUUUAAUUUUGUAACAUAAAGGCUUAUGUUUGCCAGACAUCAUUUUUAUCUCUUAACGUUUUGUGUAGAAAGACUGUAAAUGCAUUGUGUAGUAGUUAGCAUAAAUGUGUUUGUUCAGGUUGAAUUAAAUCCAAUGUUGUAUAACUGAGGACAUGCUUCUUUAAUUCCUUCUCUUUAUACAGUAUUAAAUUCCUUAAUAACACACAAAUAAAAAUAUGCAAGGAAAUUAAUCAGA